AUGAUGCCCACAGCCCUGCCGCCCAUGGCGACUCCGUUGCUUGACGAGACUGCUGUCGUCUCCUUGCCACACCCUGGCCCUCCUACAAACAACAAUGCUGCUACUUCCACCCUCAACAUUUCCACCUUAGUCGAUCCUCCUGCGCCUCCGGCAACUCACACCAAUGGAACCGCGGUGUCAUCCUCCCGUCCUCCGACGAGUACCAUUGUGAUUGUGUUCGGACCGAAUCAAGAAUAUAUCGUGCAUAUGGUUGCGGAAGUGCUCGGGAAACCAUGGACUACAGAGACAUCUCUGGCCACACUGAACAGAGUCGGCGAUGUAGUCGUGGUCGGAGUUUGGGCGCAAAACCUACACCGCAGUCUGGAAGGGUGUGACAGGUCGUCGCUCGUGAUAAUAAACACCCACUGCGUGGAAGAUGGAUCCGCGCCGGAGGAUCAACUGUCAGAAAUAUGCGACUAUGAAUUUUUGCACUCGAAAAGCGCAUUCCUGCGACGGGAUCUAACCCGCUUUUUGUCGUUGAUCUUGGGCCAGACGAGACCGCAUGAGGACCUUCGUACCAAAACCCGGACGAAUUUCAUUUCGACGACCUUCCCGGACGUUCAUGCCGCGCUACCGAAUUUAGAUAUCCUUUCUGUUGGCUCGGAUGCGGUGGAGAUCCGUGUGGAUUUGUUGAUUGAGCCUGGAACUGGAGCGGGAUCAGUGCCGAGUCUAAGAUAUGUGGGCCAGCAAUUGAUGUUGCUUCGACAGCAUACGGAAUUACCUAUUAUCUUUACUACGCGAUGUACUAAGGAAAAUGGAAAGUUUCCCAUGGAUGACCCCUGGCUGUUUUACAAGUAUCUGCGACGAGCGAUCCAGUGGGGUGUCGAGUAUGUCGACGUGGAAUUGUGGUUGCCAGAGGACAUCAGACGACGACUGGCCCAAGUCAAAGGACAUAGUACGAUUAUGUCGGCUUUCCACGAUUUCUCAGGAAAGUGGAAGUGGACAUCUCCCGAGGCUCAGCGCAUCUUUGACGAGAGCACCAAGUACGCCGACAUUGUCAAGAUGAUCGCCAUGGUCUCGACAAUGGAAGAAAAUUACGAGCUGGAAUACUUCCGUUCUACCAUCAAAAACCGUGGUUCGGGUCCGUUAUUAUCAGCCGUGAACAUGGGUCAACUGGGCCAACUCUCCCGUGCCCUGAACACCGUUUUCUCUCCAAUCACCCACCCUCUUCUCCCAAUGAUCGCAGCUCCAGGCCAGUUAACGGCAGCUGAGAUCAACGAGGCCCUCCACAUCAUGGGCCAACUGCCGAAACGCGACUUCUACGCUAUUGGCUCAUUCCGCGCGACGCCUCAUUCGAUGUUUAUGGAGAAAUGUCUCAACGAGCUGGGCCUGCCGCACUCAUUUAAUUCCAUCGAUCGCGGGCCCAAGGGCUCAAUGGAGGCUGUGAUUAUGCAGCCCCAGUUCGGUGGUGCAUCUGUUAACCCGCCAAUUCCUAGCUCAACGACCUAUAUCCCAGCCAUUAGUGACGCGGCGCGUGCCAUCGGUCUCGUUGACACCAUCGCCAUGAACACAGUCGGAGAUAGGCCAUUAAACGGUGCAGCCCGUUUCAUAGGCGAGAACACCGCUUGGAAAGGUAUCCGCGCAACCUUAACACGAGACCACGUUCCCUCCGCAUACCGCGGGCGAGCCGCAAUCAUUCUAUCGGGAUCCGAGACGGAUGCAUCGGCCGCUAUCUUUGCACUCCGCAAUCUCGAAGUCGGUCCCAUCUAUACCGUCGGAUUUAAAGCCUCCGGUCCAUUAGCCGCUGGCCUGGAACCUUUCACAUCAAUCCAAUCUGUGAAAUUGGUUGAGCAACCCUUUGUCAUCGUCUCGGCCCUCCCACCAGAGAAAUCCCUCUUGGUCCAGCCCCUUCUGCGCCACUAUCGUAGUAACGGUCGAUCGUCACCGACUACCACUCGCGGAAAGGUUUAUCUAGAUUUGACUACUGGGUCGAGGAAGGGUGAUCCGCUUGCUGUAGCUACCAGUGCUGGGUGGACUGCGUAUGGGUCGGAGGAUGUUAGCGCUUGGACUACUGUUGAGACUUUGCGGUUGCUUGUUGGGCAGAACGUGCCGUUUGACUUUGUACGCAUGGCGUCUGGGCGCUCUCUGUUCUAG